AUGGUUGGAAAUACCUACCCAUAUACGGUUUACGACUGGCUUGACGAUAUCAAUCUCGCCCAUAAGCACGCCCUGGACGGCUUCGCUCUCAACGUGGGCCGCGAGGAAUGGCAAAAGGACCGCGUUUUGGACUGCUACCAAGCAGCAGAACGAAGUGGCUUGCCCUUCAAGCUGUUCAUCAGUUUUGAUAUGACGUCUAUCCCCUCAGAGUCGACAGAGGAUACCGGGUUGCUGCUUGAUUACGUCAAGGCUGUAGCAUAUCAUCCGAACCAGUUCCGCAGCGAUGGAAAGGUAGUAGUAUCCACGUUCGCCGGAGAACACAGUCGAUUUGGCUGUGAGACCACCAACCAAGCGUGGACGGCGGUCAAAAUGGUUUUGGAAAAGAUCACACCGAUACAUCUCAUCCCCGCAUUCUUUGUGGACCCUGCGGCGCACUACAAUCUGACUUGCACAGACGGGUAUUUUAACUGGAACGGCGGGUGGCCUGUUCACUUAACACCAGAAUCCCCGCCAGAAGAGAUUCGGUGUCCCAAACUUGACAGCGACUCACAUCACCUCCGCAAUUUGGCUGGUAAGACCUACAUGGCCGCUGUCUCUCCCUGGUUCUUCACGCAUUACGGCGAGGAUUCAUGGAACAAGAACUGGAUAUACCGCGGCGAUGAUUGGCUUUUCGUGCGUCGCUGGGAGCAGCUCAUGGCCAUGCGCGACAAGGUGGACAUCGUGCAAGUAAUAUCUUGGAACGACUACGGGGAAUCGCAUUACAUCGGCCCUAUCAAAGGGGCGCAGCCCAACUCGCAAGCCUGGGUAGACGGAUAUCCGCACAAGGCAUGGCUCGAGCUUAACUCCUACUUUGCGCGUGCCUUCAAGACAGGACGCUACCCUCCCGUCACUAGGGACAAAAUAUACAUGUGGGCAAGGCCACAUCCUAAGGACGCUUGGGCGCCGGAUGACGUACCCCGUCCUCGGAAUUGGCAGCUCACCGAUGAUGUCUUCUGGGUGGUCGCGAUGGCCACAGCUCCCGCGGUACUCAUGCUAUCCUCUGGGACAGAGGACAGUGCAGCCUUUCACAUCCAGGCAGGCGUCUCGAAGUUUUGCCACAACCUGAUACCUGGGGGAACCAUGAAAGCGGAAAUGCUCAGGCAUAAUCACGUUGUCGCACCCUGCGAGCCAGACAAUUUCCGCUUCCAAAUCAACCCUCGGGUGUACAACUUCAAUGUGUUUGUGACUGAAUCUACUUAG